GGAAGCUGAUGUCACUCUGCAGAGUAGAAUGUCGCUAUAGAAAUAAAUACAAUGCAUGUACGACUAUGGUCUUGACUUCUAGCCUGAGACUGAUGCAGCUCUUUGUUAAAAAGAAGGAUCAGAAAGUGUUGAAAGGCGCUGAAGAUGCAACGGCACCCACCUCCUGGAAGCCUCGCACCCCUUCUGGGACCGGGGCCGCCCUUGGUUCUCCCGCACGCCCUGGACUGAGGAUCACGGGGCACUGGCGGUGCAGUGAGAUGCACUGUACCCUUCCGUAAACUGGGCUUGACCUGCGGUUCUGUGCGCAAGUCCCUGGGACCCCGAGGGCCCCGACCUCUGGAGAUAGGCCCUCUGGGGGCUGCACACAGGGAUAAGCCAGGCUGUUUUCACCAUUUCCUUCCUCCCGCUCGGGCAGGGGCUGCCAUCCGCUGCACCACACAGAGCGAUCACUGUGGCCUCAGCCAGGACAGCUCAGGCCGGGAACGGGGCGCCCCGCCAGCAGGCCUGAAAGCGGACGUCACGGCCCUGCCUGCUGGCCAUCCGGGAAGGGUCAGCCGGCCUGGACCCCGCACGCUUCACUUCCUUGAUCCCAGCACGCAUUUCACGGAGGAGACAGCCCGGCCGGAGACGGAGGUGAGUGGUCUCUCGUCCGGUCGGGUCCCACCAGCCCUUGGGCCGGGUGCGGGCCGCCAGGACCUCACGGCCACUGUCCCCGCAGCCCGUCCUGCCCGAUGUCCAUCUGGGUCGCUCUGCUUGUGUUCUGGGCGGCCGCCGAGGCCUCCGAGGACUGCCCCGCCGCGUGCGCCUGCCGGGCCCUGGACACCAUGGGGCUGCUGGUGGACUGCGGGGGCCGGGGACUCGCGGCGCUGCCCGCCCUCCCACCACACACGCGCCACCUCCUGCUGGCCAACAACAGCCUGCGCUCGGUGCCCCCGGGCUCCUUCGACCACCUGCUGCAGCUGCAGAGCCUCGACGUGGCGCACAACCCCUGGCGCUGCGACUGUGGCGUCACCUACCUGCGCCUCUGGCUGGAGGACCGCGCGCCCGCGGAGCUGCUGCGCGUGCGCUGUGCCGGCCCCGGCCCCGCCUACGGCCGCGCCCUCGGGCAGCUCAGCGGCUCCGAGCUGGGCAGCUGCGGCUGGAGCCUGCGGGCGUCCUGGGCCGACCCGGGGCUCUGGUGGGACGCGGCGCUGGCCGUCGUGGCCGCGCUGGGCCUGGCUCUCCUGGCGGGCCUGCUGUGCACCGUCUCCGUGCCCCGGGCCUGA